AGCGGCAAAUAGAAAAGCAAAUAAAAAUGACAACGUUUAAACCGAAAUUUCUAAAACCAGAUACAGAUGAUGCCAUAGCCGAAGGCGGAGGGGAACAAGAGCCCCAAAGCUCUGCGUUUGUGUUUAACGCUAAUCACAAUCUUGGUUUAAUAGAGCAGCGUGAGCGUUUACCCAUUCGCAAGUAUCGUGAUCAGAUUCUUUACUGCCUGGAGAACCAUCAGGUGGUCAUCUUAGUGGGUGAGACGGGCAGCGGCAAGAGCACCCAAGUGCCGCAGUAUCUGUACGAAUGGGGCUGGCAUAGCAAGGGAAUGAUUGGGAUCACGGAACCACGUCGGGUGUCGACGGUGACGUUGGCGAAUCGUGUGGCCCAGGAACGUGGUGAACUCGUAGGAGAUACGGUGGGUUAUGUGGUGCGUUUCCAGGAGCGCAUCUCCAGCGAAACGAAAAUCAAGUUCCUGACGGAGGGCAUUUUGUUAAGAGAGCUCCUCGCUGAUCCUUUGCUUACCCAGUAUGGAGUCAUCAUAGUGGACGAGGCUCAUGAGCGGAAUAUGCUGACAGACAUGGUCUUGGGACUGCUUAAGAAGAUUCUACGCAAACGCAGCAAUCUAAAACUAAUCAUCUCCUCGGCCACCAUAGAUGCAAGCUUCUUCAGUGAGUUCUUCAGCUGGCCAGGAGUUGCCAACGAAGUCAGCGUCAAGCUGAGCAUCGAGGGACGCAUGCACGCCGUCAAUCAUUUCUAUCUGAACGAACCGUGCGCUGAUUAUGUGCGUGAGACAGUGGAAACAGUUUGGAAACUGCAUCAGAAGGAACCACCUGGCGAUAUACUUGCAUUCCUUACUGGCCAGGAGGAGGUACUGGAGGCCUUGGACCUGCUGCGGGAGUAUAUAGCCAGCGCAGAGCUGACCAAUCUCAAGGUGUUGCCCAUGUACGGCAGCAUGACCAGCAACGAUCAGCUGGCGGUGUUCUUUACACCUCCCAAAGGUGUGCGUAAAGUGGUGCUGGCCACCAACAUAGCUGAGACUUCCAUUACCAUACCGGGCAUUGUCUACGUCAUUGAUUGUGGUUACGUCAAGGUUAAAUGGUAUAAUCCCACCACAUCCAGUGAUAGUUUGGUUGUCGUGCCCGUCAGCAAAGCCUCGGCCAUCCAGCGUGCCGGACGUGCUGGACGUGUGCGUCCUGGCAAAGUGUACAGGCUCUACACAAAGCAGGAUUAUGAUGCGCUAGCACCACGACAGCCUCCCGAGCUGCGCCGCAGUGAGAUGAGCGGCGCUGUGCUUCAGCUGAAGGCGCUGGGGAUUGGAAAUAUUUUACGCUUUGAUUUUCCUUCUCCGCCGCCGGCAAAAAAUCUAUUGUCAGCUCUGGAAACCCUCUACGCUCUCGAUGCCAUUGAUGAUCAGGGACAGCUAACUAAACCUGUGGGUUUCCUUCUAGCCGAGCUGCCCUUUAGCGCCAUGUUAUCCAAGAUGCUGUACGUGUCGGGGAAAAUGGGAUGCGCCGAGGAAAUCAUCACCAUUAUAGCCAUGCUGCAGGUUCAGUCGGUUUUCUCCCGUCCGGCUUCUGCGUUGGCCCAACAAAGCGGACGCAUUGCCCAUCGACACUUUGAGGUGGCCGAGGGAGAUCUGAUUACACUGCUCAACAUAUACAGCGCAUUUGUGGAGGAGGGAAUGACCAAGGAGUUCUGCGGUCAAUACUAUCUCAUCUAUCGCAAUCUAAAGCGUGCCUGUGAGUUAAGGGAACAACUUAUUACGCUGGCUCGUAAGAAGUAUGGUAUUCCCAUAUUCUCCUGCAAGGGCGAUGUGGAAAUGUUGUGCAAGUGCAUCACCGCUGGAUUCUUCACACAGGUUGCCUAUCUGCAUCACUCGGGAGUCUACAGACAGAUCAGCAGCGGCACCGAGCUGGCAAUACACCCAAAUUCCACAUUGUAUACACUACCACAAGCUCAGUAUGUUGUUUAUGGGGAACUGUUGCAGACCACGAAGCUCUUUAUGAAUCAUGUGACGGUUAUCAAGAAGGAAUGGCUAACGGAACUUGCACCACAUUACUACCAACAAACCACAGUCAGAGAUUAAACUCUUCACACCAUUUUAAAUUUAGUUGGGAUUCGUAUCCCCACUAUUUAUUUAAGAACAAUUUAAACUUAAGCAUAACUGUGAUAUAAACUUAGCAUGAUUAACCAGC